AUACUUGCAUGCAGUCUUCGAGACUGCACAAGUUCUCUGUGUUUUUAGGAUUUAAUUGUAAGGCGGCAGUAGAGUUUCUCUACAGCUCGCCGUCCCACCCUCAAAAAUUUAAAUCUGAGCUGAACUUUUUUCAGAACGUGUUCCGACAACUCCCUAAAGCAAACAGUACCCGGCUGCAGGCACCCGUCUGCGGUUUAGGGUAGUAGCUGCUGUCGUUGGUUGACGUGUUUUUUUUCUCUUUGCCGCCGUCGUCACCAAAGGCGUUGACGUCGCCGCCGGCGGACCUGACCACCUCCAAAGUUGAUGUAGUGACGUCAGAGGGACCACUCGAAACGAAAUGGCCCAGCGGGCGAGAUGGACGGAGUGCGGACUGCUACUUGUGCUAGCGUUCGCAGCCUCCACUUACGCCGCACCCUCACUAGAUAUAAAAGGAAAAAGUAAGUUGGAUAAGUUAGAGUGUAGCAUUUUUUGUGUGCAUGUGUGUUAUUGUCGUAUUUAGAAUUUGUGUACAUUUUUUUUUUUUUUUUUGGUUUCGUUGUCGAUUCGGUUAUUUGCCUUGACGUCUUGCUGGUCUGAUCAUUUUUUUGUGUGCUUGUGUGUUUUUGGCGUAUUUAUAAUUUGUGUACUUUUUUUUUUUUUUUGGUUUCGUUGUCGAUUCGGUUAUUUGCCUUGACGUCUUGCUGGUCUGAUCAUGUGUCUGACGCACAGGAAUGGAUCCAGCGAAAAAAAUAAAAACAACGAAACAGCGGGAAAGGUCAUUAAUAAUUUAAAUAGUAAGUACGGUAAGUCGACGUACGCAUGUUAUGAUUCUAUGACAUGUCUGAUUUAUCUUAAUUAGUGCAUCGCGCCAUCAUGUCAAAGUUGAUGGUGAUAACGAAUUUCCUUCCAAACGGUUUGUGGCCCCCAACAUAUUCGUAAAACAUUGACACGGUGGGUCUAUACAAAUCAAGCCGCCCCCCCCCACGGUGGGUCUAUACAAAUCAAGCCACCCCCACCUCCCCACAAGACCCUUGAGAGAUCGCUUGGCUGAGAUUUUUCGCUGGGAGGGUCCUGGGGAUUAAACUGUUUGGAGAGCCCCCCCCCCCCCACCCCCCAUGCUCUUGAGAGAUUCUUUUGCAGAUAUCUCACUAGAAGGAUGAUGAUUCAGAACUGGAUUUGGGGGGUGUUUUGAGUGGGGGGGGGGAGGCUCCAGUGCACUGAGUGCCUGGCCUUCCCCAGAGACUGAGGCUCCAGUGCAUUGAGUGCCUGGCCUUCCCCAGAGACUUAACUCGUGUCAAGAAUGUAUUGUGUACACAGUGCCAGCAACCAAUAAACCAACCACGUCAUUGUUUUAUGUUUUCCACGUCAUUAUGAUAUAACAAAAAGAGUUUAGCCCCUUGGUAGUGAGGAACACAACGAUAGGGGUAGACCGUGGUUCAUAACAUGAGGUUGUAUCAGGCCAUCAAUGUUUACCGUGAGCUUUGAUUGGUGACCCCAUCAAUGUUUACCGUAAGCUUUGAUGGCGACCCCAUCAAUGUUUACCGUAAGGUUUUAUGGCGACCCCAUCAAUUUUUACCGUAAGGUUUGAUGGCGACCCCAUCAAUGUUUACCGUAAGGUUUGAUGGCGACCCACAAAGACUGUGAACCACGAUCCGAUUGAGAUCAUCGUCACGUGACACGGUGUGGACCAUCUUUUUCUCUCACGUUGCCCACCUUUCAUUGAUGGCAUUGCUGUGUGUGCACACAGUGAAUCGAAGGUCAAUUGUCACAUUCAAGUGUAAAUAUUUAAAUGGAUUUCAAAAUGGAUUCAACAAAUACUUUAAAAAGAAUGAGAUUAUGAUUAAGGGAGACAACUUGCAGGAAUAUUUUUAAAUUUAAUCUUUAAAAAAAAUAAAAAUUCAAAAUAAAAGUUUGAAGAAAUUUUCUAUAAAUUGGGUCAGAGUAUCCCUAUACUAAACUAUGCAUGAUGCCGACAUGCAGUAUUUACAUGUCAAUACAACUUGCUAUAACAAUACUUAUUUGGAAAAAAAAUAACACGAUGGUUAGAUAGAGACUUAGUGGCGUAGGAAAGUUGGGGGGGGGGGAGAACUAACCCCAGCUACGCCACUUCAGAGAGAUGAGUAAGCACAAAAGAACCAAUACUUAGCAACAAAUCGCUUUACCCUGAGUUACUCGGUAAUAAAUUAUUCAUGAAAAAAAAAAACUGUCUGUGUUAUAUUGAAAGAAUACAACACAAUCGGAGUCUCCUGAUCCUGGGUGCGAUAGCUGAAUUAUUAUCAUUAUCCAAAUAUCCCUGCAAACCCUCUUUAUAAAAUCUGAUUCAAAAAUAUUUAAGCUCUAAUUCUAAAAAAAACCCAACUCAUUUCAAUAACAUAAGCAUUAAAGUUAUUGAAUGUAAAUAUUCUUAACUUGCAUUUUGGUCAUUUAAAACCAAAAAUAGUAUUUUGAAAAACUUAAUUUAGCGUCACCGGCGUAGCAAGGGUUAGUACCGCCCGGGGCACGCGGAGAAUUUUGCCGCCCCUCUUCGACGAAAAAACGUAACGGUUGGUCGAAAAUGACGCGCCUCCGUAUGAAGGAAAAAAAGUGCCGCCCGGGGUGAACCAACCCCCUUCUCCCCGCCGCCGCCCCUCCUAUUCUACGCCCCUGUUUCGUGUUUAAGCUCAGAGCUCUAGUAAUGCUAAACGUGUUUUUCAGCUCAUUCCUAAGUUUAGAUAUUUUAUUUUUUUUUAAACUUGGAGAAAAAAAAAGAAAGAUAAUCAAGUAUUAAAUACAGUUUCAGAUUUUUACCCGACAGUGAAUUAUUUAGUAUACGGCAUGUAAUGAGAAAAUACCUUACUUGGCACAUUUUGUAUACUCUUAAAUCAUUAAACAUCUUUAGAGCGUCAGCAAUAACCUAGUUACCUCGACUUGCUUAUCUACCCACAUCCACCCUGCACCUAUUAGACCCUCUCCCCCGCACCCCCCCCCCACACACCUUUCCUGUUAGCCCAGCCUGCUGUAAAGUACACAAAAUAAGCAUUCUCUUCUCUUUAACCGGAGUCUCAGGUUAAAAGGGGGUAGACGACAACACAAAUUUCCAGCGUAAGUAUAACAUCUUUAGAGCGUCAGCAAUAACCUAGUUACCUCGACUUCCUUAUCUACCCUCAACCACCCUGCACCUAUUAGCCCCACUCCCCCGCACCCCCCCCCCCACACACCUUUCCUGUUAGCCCAGCCUGCUGUAAAGUACACAAAAUAAACAUUCUCUUCUCUUUAACCGGAGUCUCUGGUUAAAAGGGGGUAGACGACAACAAAAAUUGCCAGCGUAAGUAUACGCCGAGCUGGCAAAGGGAGUCAGUCAGUGAACAGCUGCUGGCUGCCAGUUCACACGAGACUUUUCAUUUCAUCUCCCAUCAUCGCAAGAAUGCGUUUUAGUGGCUCUGCCGCUAUCGACACUGAUACAAUGUGUCUCUAUCUUCCGCGCACCCCACACUUUGUCUUGUUACGGCCUUGUUAUGUUUGAAAAAAAAAACAAAAAAAACACAACAAACAAAACAAAUUUAAAUGAACACCAAUACUAAAAAGAAAGCAGAACGAAACAAAAAACAUGGAUGACUACCUAAGUUUUGGGACGAAGCGCCAACGUCAGCCAUUUUGGGGGGCAUUGUCCUUUAUCUGGAUCCCGUCAUAGUACAAGUGUCUUUUAACUUUUAACGGCGGAUGGCAUCGAAAGACUGACCAGUGAUGUUGUUCUGCCAAAGUGCACCUGGGUGCACGGGCUGUGUCACACUGGCACAUUGUUUUUAAUUUUUUAUAGACUGCGUCAUUCCUUACACAACCAGAAAUCAGUGUUUUAAUAUAUUUAUUCGUUUCAUCUAAAUUUAAAAAAAAAAUAAUGUAGUGUAAUUCUAAUAUACAGUCCUGGAUUUAUAUCUUCCAAGACCACCCCCCCCCCUGCCGAGCCUGACUGCGGUAUAAACACAGAUGGACUCGGUGCCACUCUUUAUUUACAAUCUAGUAUUCUAGCAGCCAAGCACAUACCUAUCCAGGCAGAGACGUAGCUAUGCGUAUUGCAGCUCGGGGCGGGCCAAGCCCCCCCCCGCCCCCCCAACUGCCCGUCUUUUCCCCCGUACAACUCUGCAGUUUGGCACACACAAAAAUGUCACCCCUAAAUAUAAAGAAAACGUGCAGCCCGGGCGGGCCGCACCCCCCUGGCAACGCCUUUGUAUCGAGGGUAUCAAUGGGAUAUAUGAUACCUGAUAGAUAAUUAAUAUAUAAUAUAAGCGUCCACUUCUCCUUUAGCAGACGGAGCAAAAUGACAUGGUGCAUAAUGUAAAAUGACACCGCAGGUCAGUGUGUGACGUCAUAGGUCAUAGGCUAGAUCAGUGGUUCUCAACCCUUUUUGACUACUGACGGAGCGCUUUACCUAAUCAAUUUCUACGAGGGGAGCUAGAAGGUUGGUUAAUAGUGCUUAGGAGCUCCCUGGAGCGACCGCGGAGCCAAAUGAGAAGUGCACGCGGAGCCAUUAGGUCGUCACCGUGGAGCUAGGCUGUUGAACAGCUGGAAGAGAUGACGAUGGCUGCAGCCGACUGAGGUAAUCCAAUAGUUUGGCCAAUCCAUCACACUCUGCAUCAUUGUUUUCUCUUGCAUGGAUACAUUUAAUAGGUCACUGCAGUCUUACCCUACGGGUGACCGUGACACAUUGUUACAUCCGGGGCAAUCAUGUGGGCAUUUCCGGGUAAUUGCUUCAUCGGUUAAACACGGGGGUGGGGAGGGGGGAGCCACGUUUAUGAGCAUUGACACCCCCCCCCCCAAUAAAAAAAAGAGGAAAAAGUUAAAGGUUAAAUGCGGGGGGGGGGGGGGGAGCCACGUUUAUGAGCAUUGACACCCCCCCCCCCCAAUAAAAAAAAGAGUAAAAAGUUAAAGGUUAAAUGCGGCAGUGACUGUGAGCCAUUACAAUCUUAAACCAACUACUUGACUUGUAGGCUAGUAACUUAUGACUGUCACCGGCAGAGGCAUAGCGAAGAGUGGGGGUGGGGGGGAGACAGAUGUACCCAGGCGCCAGCUGGUCAGGGGAGCCAAAAUGCACUUUGACAUAAUUUCAUUGAUGAAAAUAAUGGGCUUGACAGUUUAAAAAAAAAAAAGAAAAGAGGGCGCUUUAAAAUAAAUCUUGUUCCUGGGCGCGAAUCUUGUCCCCCGAGCGCCAAACAUUCUCGCUACCCACCCCUUCUGGGCGCGGGUUGUCUUUGGGGGCCUGGGGGGGCGCGGGGGGGCUGAGGGGAGACUGUGGGGGGGGGAGGGCAAUAUUUAUUUCACUGAAAUAGUAUUAUGAAAAGGAAAAAGGCAUUAAGGUGGGGGUGGGGGGGAGCCAGAUGUACCCAGGCGCCAGCUGGUCAGGGGAGCCAAAAUGCACUUUGACAUAAUUUCAUUGAUGAAAAUAAUGGGCUUGACAGUUUAAAAAAAAAAAGAAAAGAGGGCGCUUUAAAAUAAAUCUUGUUCCUGGGCGCGAAUCUUGUCCCCCGAGCGCCAAACAUUCUCGCUACCCACCCCUUCUGGUCACCGAUUAUCUUUGCGUGCCUUGGGGGGCGCGGGGGGGCUGAGGGGAGACUGUGGGGGGGGGAGGGCACUAUUUAUUUCACUGAAAUAGCAUUAUGAGAAGUAAAAAGGCAUUAAGGUAUUUUCUAUAUUAUGUAAUAUCAAGAAUGCUUUUGCAAGUGUUGCGAAAAGUUUCCUCAAGCCUUAACUCAGGACGCACACAGCAAUACCAGUAACUAGCCGACUAACCCCGGCAAUGUUCUUGGGGUAGAAACGAAUUGGUGAAAGUAAAUUUCAUUUCUGUAUUUGGAAGACAAAAAAAAAAGGGGGGGGGGGGUCGUUCAAGCUUGAGACUCUUGCCGUAAACAUCGGAAAAAUGGUGGGGUUGGGGGGGGGAGGGCGGCGGGAGUCUGAUCACCUUUAUUCCAGUGUGAGGAAUAACACACCGGUGUUUACGUCCUCUUCUUCUAUUUUGAGAACCACGGUUGAUGUCAUUUCCUAGUAGCGGUGGAGAUACACAAAUCGGUCACACUAGUCGGGACAGUCUUAGAUACACAAAUCGGUCACACUAGUCGGGACAGUCUUGUUAUCAACUAUGAACAAAAAAGCUACAUCGCUCUGAAAAAAAAACAAACAAACCCUCAACAAAUCCAGUGGCGACGCUACACCAGGUCCCGCCAGGUCCCAGGACCUGGUAAAAAAAACUUGGGACCUGGCAAAUGACCUGGUAAAUUUUUUAUUAGUUACUAAUAUUGUAUAUAUGCUCAUUAAGCGUAAACUACAUGACAUGUAAGAGAACUUCUAUUUUAAAUGUCUUUAUAUUUUUAAAUUUUUUAUUUUCAAUACAUUUAUUUGGGACCCGCCACAUUUUUUUAAGACCUGAAAGGGACCCGCCAAUGUUAAAUUUGAUGGCGUUGCCACUUAACAAAUCCAUCCCUCUAUAGUGUGUCCGUGUUGGGACAAGAUAUGAGAGACUUUAAGUCGAUAAAAUAAUUUGUUCUUUUCUUUUUUUUUCCCCGUUAGUUAAUUCCUUUUCUGUUAUAAGUGGAUAUUCUGACUGUUUCUCACCAGUCAACCGUCAAUUUCCCCACAUAGAUUCAAGUCAAAUCUCUUAUUUCCUUUCAUCCUCCCAAAACCAGCAAAACUUCUCUCCUUCAAAAAUGCACCAACUCCAAAGAAUGGUAAGAAAAUGGGGAAAAUCCUUCUUGAGGUUUUUUAAAAUAUCAAACAAGCAUUUAGCAUUCCUCGUUCCAGGGGUCCUCAAGUUGAAAAGGCUCAAUGCUGGGGGCCAUAUCCGUUCACAAGAAAUGAAUAUUUGGUUUUGAAAUAAAAGAAGGAGACUGGCCCAUAACUUGAGAAUCACCGCGACAGGGAAUAUGUAAGACAAACGCUGAGCAAAGUGAAUUAAGGUCGUGGCUUGAAAAACACAACCUUUAACCCCAAUAAACCACAGGUUUUAAAAUACAAAUGAAAAAAAAAGAAAAAAAAAAGAAAGAAAAGAUGAAACCAAAUAUCGUUGGGAAUUCAUUUCUCCACAAACUUGCCACAUCAUCAGUUAUACCCAUCAACAUUGCACAAAGACGACCUAGUUGUGCGUCUAGCCAAUCGCUGGAAGAACUAGACACUCGGAAGGAAAAGAAAGAAAGAAAGAAAAAAAAAAAAAAAAAAAAAAAAAAAAAAAAAAAAAAACAGAUACAGAAAAAUGUGGGGCGAGGCUGGCAGAUGAAAUGUUUUACAGGCGCACGAAUUCUCUCGCGGCAUACGUGGCGCCUGGAGGCCAUCUUGUUUUUCCCUCCACUUUAUUUAUUUCGAUGAUAACCAGCCAGUGGCAGUGGUGGAGUUCCCCCCCCCCCACCCCCCUUACAAGAUGUACAGAUCAUGGCGUAAUGUCUCAUUAAUUUUGAACGGGCUAAUCUAAAUCUGUACUCAACUUUAAAUAAACUAGUCAUCGAAAAGAAUAACCCCUAAUUGAUUGGGCUGAGCUGAGCAGGAAAACGUCGUGUAUCCCAGGUUUGGAGAAAAAAAAAAGGGGUUGGGGGGGGGGAGGGGGUUGCUUCUCAUUCUCAUACUUUUUCCACCUUCAUUACCCUAAACUGCUUUUGAGAACUUAUUUGCAGACCCAUUCGAAGCUUUCCUGUCAAACUUAAAUGGGAAUUCUAAAAGGGGCGUUAUCAACCCCGUCCCCACAAACACACAUUGUAUAUAUAUAUAUAUAUAUAUAUAUAUAUAUAUAUAUAUAUAUAUAUAUAUAUAUAUAUUCUCUCACAACCCCCCCCCACCCCCCCUCACCCCUCCAUGGCGAGUACGCCCCGCAUUUGAAGAUUAUUGGAAUUUUUUUUGGAAAAAUUAACUAUCUUUUUUUUAAAAACAAAGGAAGUAAUUAAUAAAACAUAUGCUGCUAUUCAAAGUAGCUGAACAAUAACAUGCUUCGCACAUAUUUCUACUGACUCCAAAUUAAAAACCAAACACAUGUGUUAAUUAUGUGUUCUAGAUUAAUUGUGGCGUCGGUGUCACACCAGUGCAGUAAAGUCAUGGUGUGACCCCCCCCCUCCACCCUUUUUCACACCCGUCAGACGUCCGCCCAACAGGGUCGUCUUAAUAGCAUUAUGGUCAUAAGAAUUUAGUUGAUUCCGCAAUCAGCCAAUUCGAUAGAACUCGAUUGAUUGUUACUAUUUAAUGCUAGCCGUCACUAGGUUUCUAAAUUAUUAUUUUUAUCACAACAAAUGAAUUAAGUCUGAGAUGACAUCUUAUUUCUAUAUAUUUCACACAUUGUGUGUCCCCUUAAGGCAUAGAUGUGUGUCCCCUUCAGGGCGCAGGUGUGUCGCAUGAAAAUAUUGCUACACAAACUUGCACCACUUUUUGGACAUCAAAGGAGCCAUGGGCGCCCGCAGGUAGGGGCAAGGUGGGGCACUUGCCCCCCCCCCCCUGGAUUGAUUGGAUAAAUUUUUUUUAGACAAAAAUAGACACAAAAAUUUAUUUAAGUAAAGAGAAAAUAAAGAGAAAGUAACUAAGCUGAUGUCCUGUCCGUUCGUUCACCAUACAAAUACGCUACAGUAAAUUAAAACUAUAUUAAAACAUUACUAAAAGUUUUUGCCCCCCCCCUGGAAAAUUAAUAGAUUUUUUUUGCCCCCCCCCCUAGAAAGUUUUCUGCGGGCGCCCAUGAAAGGAGCCCAAAAGUAGUGAGCACCACAGAAUCAAAAUAUCUAAUUUUAUGGCGAGUACUUGGAGUCAUGAAAAACUAUACCGACAUCUAGUUACGUCCAGUACGGUUUGUUAAAUAAAGUUGAAAUUAAUGUGUGAUUCUGGGUACAUUAGAUACGGUAAUUAAACACAAAUAACAAUCAAACCUAUUACUAUAACGUAUUAUUGUAGCUUCAAUAUCAAGAAGAACAAACAAAAAAUACGAUAAUUUGUAAAUUUAAAAAUAAUUUAAAAAAUAAAACGCCGAGAAAAAAAAAUGCAUGAUGGAAAGUUCGCAUUUUUUCAUGUCAAACAUGGUGAGAGAGAGUAAUUGUAACACGGGCUUUCAAAAUUUUUCUAAAUGGUCUGCUCUCUGAUAUUAGGAAAUUCUAUUAAUUUAGAAUCGAUGGGAUCAAAUCCUCUAAACCAGGUGUUCUUAAACUUAUUGUUCCAUCGAUCAAAUUGCCACUCCAAUGAAGGCUUCGGACCCGUUCUUAGGAUGAUAAUGAUAAUAUGCUAUUAAUUAAUUAGUAUUUAGAAUUAAUGCUGAGUGAGUUAACUCAAUUUACUGAAACUGCAGAUUAGGCCUACAAGCCUACUUAUUCUUAACUUUGCUGAACCAGGGCUAAUCAAAUGAAAAUUACCGUAAAUAUAACUUCACAUGCUACAUCAUUUGUCACCCUUCAAUCCUUUGUCCAUUCCUCUUUUGUAGGUUGUGUUUACAAAGGACUUGAAUAUCUUAAUGAAGAUACAUGGUUUCCACUAGAGAACAAUAAUUGUUUACAAUGCCAAUGUAAAAAUGGAGACGUGAAGUGCCAGUUUAUUGAAUGUGAUAAAUUUGGUAAGUUUGUAAGAUUUACACUAAUUUAG